UCGUCUGCUGUAUUUGAUUGACGUUUGCAUCCGACAGAAAGCUUGGUAAAAAAAAAAUUGUUGAUUUGUGUUGAUUCUAUUUGGAAUUGAUAAAAUGAUUGAUGACGAUAUCAAAACCCUUUGGUGUGGUAACCUACCAGAACAAGCCACUGAAGAGCUAUUGUACGAAUUGUUUCUACAGGCAGGACCACUAGAAAAAGUGAGAAUACCAAGAGACCGAGACGGACGCCAAAAGAACUUUGCAUUUAUCACAUUUUGCCAUGAAGUUUCUGUGCCUUACGCGAUAAACUUAUUUCGAGGUACCUCACUUUAUCAUAGGACACUAUCGCUUCAAAAUAGAGGUCGCAUGGCUAUGCUGCCACCGCCUAUCAGAUGUUAUGGACUAGAACCUCCAAUAGAGUUUCCUCAACAAGCUAAUAUAGCUCAACAGUUUGCUGAUAUGACCGAGCACUUGAAAGAAGAAGACUUCCGAUCCGUCAAUAUGACCCGGCCUCCAACUGACCCUAAUGACAGAUUAGCGAUAGCAAGCUUACAAGGGAACUGGUCACUUCGGCACCACCCAUAUAGACCAAAAGACAAAGGGCAUCGAGAUGACUAUCGGCCAAGAGACCAGCAUGCUGACAAUUAUAAUAGAAAUAAAGAUAAUAGGAACAAAAACUCUGGAAACUGGAGAGACAGAAGGAAUCAUGGAAAGAAAGGGGGCUACCAUAGGUAGUGCAGCAACACUUGAAGUCUCUAAGUCUUUAUGGGAAAAAUACAAGACAUCUGAAAAUGACCUCUAGUGGUCUAUUGACUAUAACAGGCAGCAUCUCAGAGUGCCACCAAAGUGUGUGUUUCGUUUUGUAGUUUUGCUAAAAUGAAAUGAAGCAAAUAAGGUAUAGUUAGCUUCAUAAGUUUGAUUCCCCAGCUGCUUGUAUGCCUAAAAUUCUAAAUUUAUCCAUGAUGUAUUUUUUUUCUUCAUUAGAUAUGCAAAUAAUACUAAACAUUCUCUGUUACUUUUUAUUAAAAAUCAGAAUAACUUAUAAAAAUGAUUAAAGCUAUUGUGAAAUAGUGAAUAAAUACUGUCUUCCACAAGAGUAUGUCAUGAAUUCAUAGAAAAAUAUAUUUUAACACAAA